AGAACCAAUUAUUUUUGUUUCAAAUAAAAAAUACAUACUGAUAUAGAUGGACGCUAAAUGGAUGGCAUCAUGGAGUUGCUAUGGAGAAUUUAGAAUGAUGGUAAAUUGAAGUAAAAGGGUUCUAUUGUUUACAGUCAAGAUAACUCAAGCGUUUGAGGGUUUGAAGGUAAACGUUGAGUGAGCACUACUUCAGACAACAUGAAAGAUCAGAGGCUCUUGUUUUUCCUCUUCCUUCUCUUAAUUCCAUGCUACGGAGAAGAAACAGUGGCCGAGGACGUGGGGGUCCAUCAGAUAGAGCGCCUGGUGGAGCUGCUGACGUCCACAGAGUGCAGGGACCUCCUCGCAGCCCUGUCCAGCCCAGAGGAGAACAUCUUCCAGCACCUGAAGCGCCUCCUUCCUGAGAACAACCGCCUGGACCCCAAGCCGCGAGCCAGGAGGGACGCCUCCGAUGCAGACGCCAGGGAGGCGGAGUGCAGGACAGCGCUGACACACUGGCUGCUGAGGAACGGGGAGCAGAUGUACUACGACAGGCUGUCCCGCGGCCUGCAGCACAUCGGCAGGUCAGACAUCGCCGCGGAGGUGGGGAAGAACAUCAACCAGGACAAAUCCCUGAGUCUCAAACGCUACGUUGAGGGCUACCACAAACACGCCAGCCGGUUAAAGACGCUGCCCGCCCACUCAGAGAGAAGCCCGCAGCCACGCCAAGACUCCAGAAAAACAGCCAGGAAGGUCCGGGACCUAACAUGGCGGGACCUGGACCUGGUUCUGGAGCGGGCCCCGGUCCUCCUGCGGGGGGGCCCGGGGGUCCUUGAUGGGGCGUGGCCGCUGCUCUACGGCCUGCUGCUGGGCGUGGGCGGAGCCCUCCUCCUCCUCCACAUGGCGGUCCGCAUCUCUGCGAGGGGCCGCCAGAGCGGCCCCCCACGAGGGAGCAGGGAGCAGGGGGACGGCGCGUCCGAGGGGCCCAUCGGGGCCCGGAGGACACAUGUGACCCAACAGAGGCCUACCAGGGAGCGUUGAGGGCCCCACUUUAACGAUUAAACCAAGCUAUUCCUGAAACCGGCCCUGUCGCGUAAAUCAUGCUGCGUGCCAAGGCUCCCGGGCUGAAUUCAAAAACAUUCACGUUGUGUACACUGUCGGUUGAAAAUACAAACCCAUUGUCUCACCUCUUCAGUAAAACCAUCCGGUCAGUUCCAGUUUUCAAAAUGCGCCACCAAUUCCAAUUUCAAAAAGACGUCGGAUAGGAUUCACCCGUGGACAAGGUGAUUAUGCACCCGGCGCGUCGGCCAGGGUGCCAGUGGCGGGAGGACUGGAGGUAGGGGACAGAUGCGCCGGUAAGCCAACCCUUCUCACACCAAAGGGCAUUCCGGUGUUCCUGUGAUACCGAUGCCACUUUCCAUUUCCCCCGCAAGUGACGAGUGUGUG